AUGAAAUUGCUACAGAUAAAUUCGGUAGAAGAAAAACCGAUAGAGUUUUUAGAGAAGUCUGACCAAUACCGUAAAAAUAUUUUAUUUAAUAAAAAUAAUGAAAUAGUAGACAACGAUCUUGAUUUUGACAUUUUACGAGAUGCUAGAAGAGCAGCAGAGGCACAUAGGCGUGUACGUUAUAAAGUACAAAACGCGAUUAAACCUGGAAUGCCGAUAGUUGACAUAGUAAAUAUUAUUGAAGAAAAUACACGAAUUUUACUCAACGGUGAAAGAAAUAAUGGAAUUGGAUUUCCUGCUGGAAUGUCUAUUAACGACUGUGCCGCACAUUUCACAGUUAACAAUGGAGACAAUAUUUGUUUAGGGGUUGAUGACAUUCUUAAGAUUGAUUUUGGAACCCAUUCUAAUGGACGUAUUAUGGAUUCCGCAUUUACUGUUGCAUUCAAUCCCGAGUACGAAAAUUUGCUUUUAGCUUCUAAAGAAGCCACAAAUGCUGGAAUUAAAGCUUUGGGUGUAGAUGUAAGGUUGUGUGAUAUUGGUCGUGAUAUUUAUGAGGUUAUGAAAAGUUUUGAAGUAACAAUAAAAGGUAAGACAUUUCCCGUUAAACCGGUUUUUGAUUUACAUGGACAUUCUAUAGGUCAAUAUGUUAUUCAUGCUGGGUUAUCGAUUCCGUGCUAUGAUAAUCUCGAUUCAACAAAAAUACGAGAGGAUACAUUUUAUGCAGUAGAAACCUUUGCUACUACUGGAAGUGGUCAUAUUAAGGAUAGUUCUCCGUGUACGCAUUACGUUUUAAAUAAUAAAAAGAGUGCUGUACUAAAGAAUCUUAACUGUAUAAAAAUUUAUAAUUUUGUAAAAAAUAAAUUGGGUACACUUCCUUUUAGUCCUAAGCAUAUCGAUUAUUUUAACUUAAUAGACGGACCAUCUCAAAUGUACAUUAAACUUCUGGCGCAGAGAAAUCUGUUGAUUUCAUAUCCCCCUUUAAAUGAUAUUAAAGGAUCAUAUGUCGCACAAUUUGAACAUACGUUAUAUUUAACUGAAGGAUGCAAAGAAGUUCUAACAAAAGGUGAUGAUUAUUAA